CUCUCUCUUAAAAAACAAAAAACCCUGCCAAUAUUGCGAUACAGGGAAAGGGAAAAAGGGCUUACAAUACUCCCAAAAAACACUUGCGUUACUGAGAACGGAGAAGGAGAGAGAGAUCGAGAGAUCAAAAACUGAAACCCAAAACAUCAGACACCAAUCAAGUUGAAGAAGAGCCGUACAUUCUCUUCCAAUAUCCCCAAACUCUCUCUCUCUCUUCUCACGAACCCUAAUCUUUUUCUUCAAGAAUAUUCAAUCCCUUUAAUCCAGGCUACAGAUUUGAAUCGAUCUUUGUGUAUGUCUAUAUGGCGAACGGUACGGAUUCGGAGGAGUUCGUGUUGCUAUCAUGGGUUCGAACGGGUCACAAGCACGAGUUCGCCUUCGCAAUGAAGGCGGAAUCAGAGAUUUGCGGGUCCUUGGGUCGGACCCGGUCCAGGAAGACCCGGAAUGAGGCUGUGGCGACCAAUAGAAGCAAGAAAUUGAAGAAGCUGGAUCCGAAGGACGCCGAGAACGACGAAGUUAUGGAUCAGAAGGAGAAGGAUUUAGGCGAUUCGAUGAGCGAGGAGGAAGCGAAAAGCGACGUGGUGGACCUAACGAGCGACGACGAGCCGAAGGGGCACGUUGGAGAAUCGGAAUUGGUCGGAGAAGGGGGUUCCAAGAAGGACAAGUCAAUGCCGGUUUUCGACGAGGAAUUGAAGGGUGGAGUGGUUGAAAUGGUUCAGAAUCCUGUGAAGGAAGAGGAAUUAGUGUGUGUAAGCAAGCCGAAUGUGAAUGAAGAGACGAAGACGGAGCCGGGAGUCAAGAAAACGAAUGACGAUUUGGUUAACGAUGAGAAGAUUGAGGGGGUUAGCAUAAUGCUUUUUUUUUUGGUUUCUCUCUUAAUCAAAUAUUGUUUCUACCAGUAGUUUGCAUGGUUAAUUGA